UCUGCGGUUCAGGGUGUGACUGAAGGAAGAGCGAGGUUUGGCGACCGGAGCCAUACUUGCGCAAACUGCGCUCGGAGCGGAGAGCUCGGGACGACAAGCAGGGUCGGUGCGGAUACGGCGGGCGAUGAUGGCGGGCCAGUUGCUCGUCUUCUUGGCAGCGGUGGUGGCUCUGGUGGCCGGUCAAUGCGGCAAACCUCCAACUUUGGAAAAUGGUACACCAAGAGAUCAACUGAAUGAGACCUCUCCAGUGGGUACCAAAGUCCGUUACACAUGUCACCCUGGCUACCAGUUUAAGGAAUUUAGUAAUCCACAGAUUGUUUGUCUGGCCAAUUCAACGUGGAGUCCGCUACAGGCAACGUGUGAUCCGAAGUCCUGCGGUAGUCCAGGUGAAAUUCUGAAUGGAUAUUACAAUGCAACAGGUAACACCUUCGGAAGUACCGUCUACUUCUUCUGCGACAAAGGAUACAAGUUGGUGGGCCGUAAGACUCGGCUGUGUGAAGCUGAUGGUUGGUCCGGUCAGGUGCCCAAAUGUGAAGUUGUUAAAUGUCCCAAUCUUCCACCUAUCGCUAAUGGGACAGUUUCAGGACUUGGCAACAAAGAGUUCUGGGAAUAUGGAAUGGUUGCAUCGUAUUCCUGUGCACCUGGUCUGCUACUGGUUGGUGCAGCAAAGAUUACUUGCGAAGCAAGUGAACAAUGGAGUGCCAGCCCACCAACAUGCAAAGCUGCGAGUACCAAAACAACUUCUACACCAACAACUGGGAGUAACAACACAACAGCAACACCUAUAGCCACGUCGACGGCUACUACAACUGGGAGUAACAACACAACAGCAACGCCUAUGGCCACGUCGACGGCUACUACAACUGGGAGUAACAACACAACAGCAACGCCUAUGGCCACGUCGACGGCUACUACAACUGGGAGUAACAACACAACAGCAACGCCUAUGGCCACGUCGACGGCUACUACAAGUGGAUCUGUCAGAACAAGUGUUGGACAUCAAUAUAUUCUGUUCCUCAUCCUAACUGCGACAAUAUAUGCUGUGUUCAAUCAUGACUGAUCGUGCCUGAACAGCAACACAAGGCAAACGAACAUGUUGAAUGUCUGUUCGUAACAAAUCUCGGAGUAUUACAUUGGAUAGUUUUUUCCACAACACUUUGUCAUUAUUUUGUUCACAAACUAUAACAAAACCUUAAUUGUCUGUAGACACAGCAUUUCAGAGGGUAAAGAAUCAGUAUUGUGUGCUAACUAGCACUUUUAGAUAAUCAGAAUCCCAUUUAGUAUCACUGGCAUGUGUCAGGAAAUUUAUUAUGCAGCAGCAGGACAGUGCAAUACAUAAUUUAAACUAAAUUGCAGUAGGAUGUACAUAUAAAUAUUUUAAAAGUUAAAUAAGUAGUUAGUGCAAUAAGAGAAUAAAGUAGUGAGGCAGUGUUCAUGGGUUCAAUGUCCAUUCAGAAAUCUGAUGGUAGAGUAGUAGAAGCUAUUCCUAAAUCAUUGAGUGUAUGCCUUCAGGUUCCUGUACCUCCUCCCUGAUGGUACCAAUGAGAAGAGGGGCAUAAUGGGGGUCCUUAAUGAUAGUUGCCACCAUUUGAGACAUUGCGCCUUGAGGAUGUCCUGGAUACUCUGGAGGCUACUACCCAUGAUGAAGCUGACUGAGUUCAUAAUUUUAUGCAGCUUCUUUUAAUCCUGUGCAAUACCCCAUCCCAGAUGGUGAUGCAGCCCGUUAGAAUGCUCUCCACAGCACAAAUAUGGAAAAUUGCUAUUGCCUUUGGUGACAUACCAAAUCUCCUCAAACUCCUAAUGAAAUAGCUGCUGUCAAGCCUUCUUUGUAACUGGCAGCUACAGUACAUUUCACUACUUUGUUCACUUCUACCAAAUGGAAAACUAUCAAUAUGAGCUAGAAACAGUUAAUUUCAGUAAUUUAGAUGUUUAAUUCAAAUUAUUUUCAUUUAAAAAAAACAACCUGUCCACAGCUACAGAAAUGUCUUCAGUACUGACCUUCAGUGCUGUUUGUGUGAAGUGUAUACCUCCCUGUGACCAUUAGAAGAAUGAAAGGUGACCUUAUUGAAGCCUAUCAAGUGUUUAAAAAGCCACAAUGGAGUGGAUGUUUCCUGUGGUGGGGGGAGUCUAAGACCAGAGGACACGGCCUCAGAGUAUAAGGAUGUCCAUUUAGAAUGGGAGUGACGAGGAAUUUCUUCAGCCAGAGAGUUCAUAGAAACAUAGAAGCCUACAGCACAAUACAGGCCCUUCGGCCCACAAAGCUGUGCCAAACAUGUCCUUACUAUAGAAAUUACCUGGGGUUACCCACAGCCCUCUAUUUUUCUGAGCUCCAUGUACCUAUCCAGGAGUCUCUUAAAAGACCCUAUCAUAUCUGUCUCCUCCACCAUUGCCAGCAGCCCUUCCCACACAGUCACCACUCUCUGCAUAAAAAACGUAGCCCUGACAUCUCCUCUGUACCUACUUCCAAGCACCUUAAAACUGUGCCCUCUCGUGUUAGCCAUUAAAAGUCAUCGCCAUGGGCAGCUGUGGAGGCCAUCAUUGGGUAUAUUUAAGGCAGAGGUUAAUAGAUUCUUGAUUAAGUUGGGGCAUGAAGGGAUGGUGGGAGAAGGCUGGAGUGGGACUGAGCGGGAAGAUGGAUUAGCCAUGAUGAAAUGAUGGAGAAGAAUUGAUGGGCCGAAUGUUCUAAUUCUACUCCUAUAUUUUAUGUUUUUAUAAUCUGGGUUGCUACUGGGUGAUUUGGUUUUCUCCCACUGCUGGUUGGUAAUUUAUUAUUGGUGUGUAAGGUGAGGGGUAGAAUCCAAGGAGAGUUGAUGUGAGACAUAAUAAUCUGCAGAAUGUGAAUAGCUUUGUUAAUAUAUACUGAGUUGAAUUAUUUAAAUCUAUUUGUAUUAAAGAGAUCAGAUGACUUGAAUGAGAUAUGAAGAUAUAUUUUUCUACAUUUCUAUUCUGUAUAAAAUUGCCAUUAAGUUGAUUAAAUGUUCUGAAAAUUUUUAGAAGCUAUUAUUAAAUUCAGACUAAACUCUUAUUGACUGCCAAAGAAUCAUUAUAAAUAUUGUGAUUAAUAUAAUUUGUUAAAUGAAUCUUUACUGUUAUUUAUACAACCAUGGAACAACACCCUAACUGGUUAAGCUGUAAAGGAAUAAAGCAAGACAAUUGGGCAUGAA